AUGUCCGACUUCGACGCCCUCCUGGCCGAGUACACCAACAAAGAGAACCCCAAAGUCCACGGCGCGAUCCUCAAAUGCGUCGACAAAAAUGGCAAAGAAAUCUACAGCAAAAUAGCAGGCUACGACUCCCUCUCACCAGAUGCCAAACCCCUAGCCGAAGACGUCGUCCUCCGCAUCGCCAGCGGCACAAAACUCAUCACCUCCAUUGCACUCCUUCAAUGCGUCGAACGCGGCCUGAUCGGCCUCGACGAACCGCUCACCACCAUCCUCCCCGAGUUCGCGCAUAAGCAGAUCCUCACUGAUGUCGUUGACGGGGAGCUCGUUCUACAGCCCAGCUCUGUCCCCAUCACACCGCGGCACCUCCUAACGCAUACGUCGGGCCUGGGAUACUAUUUCACGGAUAGGCUGCUUGGGCUUAGACACGAAGCCCGCGCUCGUGCGGGUCUGAAGGCCUCGCUUAAGAUCACGGAGAGGUUUGAUAUCCCGCUUGUUUUUGAACCGGGCAGUGGCUGGUUGUAUGGGUGUAGCCUUGACUGGGCGGGUGUUGUUGUUAGUCGGCUGAAUGGUGGUGUUUCGCUGGAGCAGUAUAUGGUUGAGAAUAUUUGGACCAGACUCUGUCUUGAGGCGCCGUUUCCCUGCUUCAAUAUCGCGAGGCACCACGAGUAUCUUGCCCGCGCGAUGGGGGGUGCGAAGCAGAGCGCUGAUGGCGGACUCGAACCGCUUGAGGCUUGGACGUUUGAUAACGCCGAGGAUCAGGAUGGCGGGCAGGGGCUUUCGUGCACGGCUAAGGAUUAUGUUGCUGUGCUGGCGGAUCUGGUCUCGGACCAGCCCAAGCUUCUUAAGCUGGAGACGAUCGCGCAGAUGUUCACGCCGCAGCUUGAGUCUCACUCGCCUGGCGUGGACAUGCUGCUGAAGUUGCGCCCGGCGUGGGAUAUCGUUACCGGUCCGGUUCUUGGAGACGCUGUUAACCAUGGGCUGGGAGGGAUACUGACUCUUGACGAUGCGCCUGAGAUUGGACAGCCGAAGGGUCUGCUUGGAUGGGGAGGAGCGUCGAAUAUUGUCUGGUGGGUGAACAGGGAGCGUGGUGUGGCUGGGUUCUUUGCGACGCAGCAGGUACCGUUUGGCAAUCCGACUGUUACGAAGUUGGUGAAUGCCUGGAAGAAGGACUUUUGGGCUGGCUUUGAUGCAUGA